AUGAUAAAAAUUCAAAAUCUUGAAGAUGAACGCUCCAAUAUAGAGAAUAAAUUAUAUAAAUUUAAAAUGGAGUUGGAAACUUGUAAAUUAUCUAAGGAAACAUUGUAUCGAGAUAAACAUAAAUUAAUUAUGUUUUUGAAGCAAUUAGGAAAAGCUAUGCAAAAGGAUAAAAUUACAGAGGAAAUUGGGAUUAAUCUUUACAUGGAGUCGCUUUUAACGCGAGCAAAACAAUUAAAAAGGAUGGAGGUCAAUAAUAAUAUUGUUAAGGUAACAUCAGUCAGUUAUCAUCUACAACGUCGUAUUAGGUUACUUCAAGAACAGCUUCAAAGAAGAGAACUACACUUAGACCUGCUAAGAAGAAAGCUUAGUCGUCAAGAAGAUAAUUUAUGUAUUAAAUCUCUAUUACAAACUCAGUUAGAUAAAUCUAAUUUCAGAGUAAAAAAUAUGAUAAAACAACAUAAAGAAAUUAAAAUGCAACUUAAUAAGGAAAGGGAGCUCUGUAAAAAACUCAGUACACAGUUACUAGAAACAGCAGAUCAUAAGAUAGCUGCAUUAGAAAAAAGUCGCAAAAUAGAAGAUUUAGAGAAUCUAUUAAUAAGGAGUGAUAUACUAAAAAAGCAAUAUAUUCAAAAAUAUACUAUGAUCAAGGAACAAAUUCGAAAAACAAAUGAAAAUGUUAAACAAAAAUGUUCUAUUAACGAUCAAUCUCUACAGUUUCUACGUGAUAAACUUCAUGAAGUUAAGCAAAAUUUAGUUGAAGUCACUUAUAAACAAUCUGAAUUGCAGAAUUUUCGCGUUUCUGUAGCUAAGUUAUUAUCCAUACCAAUUUGCAGAUCAGAUUAUGAAAUCAUUUCUCAUCUAAAAAAAAUAGUAGCCACAUAUGGAGAAUUUAUUAUAUUGUCUGAAAGAAAUGAGGAAUAAUUCAAAUCAAAUCCGUCAAGACUCAUA